AUGGCAGUGGAGGUGGCUGAGAAGGCCGGGGCGCGGAGCUUCUCUCUGACUCUAAUGGUGUUUUGCAACUAUGGAGGAGGCGGAUAUUGGUUCUUCCAGCACGCUCCUUGGAACGGUCUGACAAUAGCAGAUUUGGUGAUGCCAUGGUUUGUCUUCAUCAUUGGCACAUCCGUGGCUCUGGCAUUCAGCUCUUUGAUGAAAAAGGGAGUCCAUCGGUUCCAGCUUCUGCGCAAGCUAACAUGGAGGACAUGUGUACUUAUGGCCAUUGGAGUUUUCUUCAUCAACUAUGGACCAGCAGAUGGCCCAUGUAAUGUCCUGGCGCUGGGCACGUAUACCAGGGGUCCUACAGCGACUGGGUUUCACCUAUUUUAUAGUGGAGGUAACCAUCAGUGGAGUGCUGCCGUAAGGGAUAUUGUCGCUUAUUGGCCAGAGUGGAUCAUCAUGAUAGCUCUAGAGACAGUAUCACUAUGUCUGACAUUUCUACUACCUGUGCCUGGAUGUCCCACUGGUUACCUGGGUCCUGGUGGAAUAGGAAGCUAUGGUCAAUAUCCAAACUGCACAGGUGGAGCGGCAGGAUAUAUAGACAAGUGGCUGCUUGGAGCAAUUCAUAUUUAUCAAUUUCCCAGCUGCAUGGAACUAUACAAAACAAGUGAGCCAUUUGAUCCAGAAGGUGUACUUGGCACAAUUAACUCGGUGGUUAUGGCAUUUUUUGGACUACAGGCUGGGAAGAUUAUUCUUAUAUAUCAUAAGUUCCCUUUCAAGAUAUUAAAGCGAUUUCUGAUCUGGAGCAUCUUGUUGGGGACUGUAUCGGCCAUCUUAACCAAGUGUACAAGGGAUGAAGGAUUUAUUCCCGUCAAUAAAAACCUCUGGUCUCUGUCCUUUGUCAUCACACUCAGCUGUUUCUCCUUCCUCCUCCUGGGCCUUAUGUUUUAUGUGAUUGAUGUGAGACACUGGUGGGGAGGACAGCCAUUCAUCUACCCAGGGAUGAACUCGAUCUUUGUCUAUGUUGGACACUCGCUUCUAGCUAUGUAUUUUCCUUUUAACUGGGAGGUGAAGAACUGGACGUCCCAUUAUGAGCUCCUCGCUCAAGAUCUGUUGGGAACUUCCAUCUGGGUGUUUGUAGCCUACCUGCUAUACAGGCAGAAAUUCUUCUUGAAGAUCUAA